UUUCUCAGAUGCAGUUACCCGGGCAGCAGGGAGGGAGGCUUUACAGACACUCUCUCUAUGGGUGAGGAGAGCUGGUGAGUUAGAGGACAAGAGGCUAUCAGCUCUACCUCAAUCCUCUGACUUUCAUCUAUUUGUGGAGAUUUGUCCUUUGGCAUAAAGCGAAGGUUACCGCGUAAGGCUUGUUAUCGAGGGACGGCAUCUAUACUAUAGAGACUAAGUGUUUUUAGAGUACUUUGAAGGACUGGUUUUAUUCGUGCGGGAGUGGUGAGAGGGCAGCCAUGGCUCAUGCCGCAGCUCACAUUAAGAAGGCCCGGUCGGAGAUGGAUCAACCUCCGGACCUGAAGGCUCUGGAGAAAGCCAGAGAGAGAAGGAGACGAUCCCGGGAACGGGCCGAACGCAAGCGCAAGUCUGACAGUAACACCAGUUUCCUGCGAGCGGCAAGAGCAGGAAACAUCGACAAGGUUUUGGAAUAUCUGAAAGGGGGGGUGGACAUCGGCACCAGCAAUCAGAAUGGUCUCAAUGCAUUGCACCUAGCUGCCAAGGAGGGGCAUGUGGAUCUGGUCCAGGAACUUUUGGAGCGAGGUGCUGCAGUGGAUUCGGCCACAAAGAAAGGAAACACAGCUCUUCACAUAUCCUCCCUAGCCGGUCAGGCUGAAGUAGUAAAGAUCCUGGUUCAACGAGGAGCUGAAAUCAAUUCACAAUCUCAGAAUGGAUUCACUCCUCUGUACAUGGCUGCCCAGGAGAAUCACAUGGAUGUGGUGCGACACCUGCUUGAGAAUGGAGGCAACCAGAGCACUGCAACUGAGGAUGGCUUCACCCCUCUGGCCAUCGCACUCCAGCAGGGCCACAACCAGGUGGUUUCUGUCCUACUAGAAAACGAUACUAAAGGCAAGGUCCGCCUGCCGGCCUUGCACAUUGCUGCACGCAAGGACGACACCAAGUCAGCCGCACUGCUUCUCCAGAAUGACCACAAUGCUGAUGUCCAGUCAAAGAUGAUGGUCAAUAGGACUACUGAGAAUGGCAAGAGUGGAUUCACCCCCCUUCAUAUCGCUGCCCACUAUGGCAACGUCAAUGUGGCCACACUCCUGCUGAACCGAGGGGCAGCAGUUGAUUUCACAGCAAGGAAUGGCAUUACUCCUGUCCACGUGGCCUCCAAACGUGGCAACACUAACAUGGUUGCUCUGUUACUAGACCGGGGCUCUCAGAUCGAUGGUAAAACAAGGGAUGGAUUGACUCCCCUACAUUGUGCGGCCCGGAGUGGACAUGAUAGAGCUGUGGAGCUGCUGCUGGAAAGGGGAGCACCCUUGCUGGCCAGGACUAAGAAUGGGCUGUCUCCUCUUCACAUGGCCGCUCAAGGCGACCAUGUUGAAUGCGUCAAACACCUUCUGCUGCACAAGGCUCCUGUUGACGAUGUCACGCUGGACUACCUAACAGCUUUGCAUGUAGCAGCUCACUGCGGCCACUACAGAGUCACCAAACUGCUCCUCGAUAAGAGGGCCAACCCCAACGCCAGGGCCCUGAACGGCUUCACUCCGCUGCACAUAGCCUGUAAGAAGAACCGAGUGAAAGUGAUGGAGCUGCUUGUCAAAUAUGGAGCCUCCAUCCAGGCCAUUACCGAGUCUGGUUUGACGCCUAUCCACGUAGCAGCCUUCAUGGGUCACCUGAACAUUGUCUUGCUGCUGCUGCAGAAUGGAGCCUCACCCGACGUCAGUAAUAUUCGUGGGGAAACAGCGUUACACAUGGCAGCUAGGGCAGGUCAGGUGGAGGUGGUCAGAUGUCUGCUGAGGAAUGGAGCAAUGGUGGACGCAAGGGCACGGGAGGACCAGACUCCCCUCCACAUUGCAUCCCGUCUGGGAAAAACAGAGAUUGUGCAACUGCUGCUGCAACACAUGGCCCAUCCAGAUGCUGCCACAACCAACGGCUACACCCCCCUCCACAUCUCCGCCAGGGAGGGGCAGGUGGAUACAGCCUCUGUCCUUUUAGAGGCCGGCGCUUCACACUCACUGGCCACAAAGAAAGGUUUUACCCCCCUGCAUGUGGCCUCUAAGUAUGGAAGCUUAGAUGUUGCUAAACUUCUGCUGCAGCGUCAAGCUCCACCUGAUUUAGCUGGAAAGAACGGCCUCACCCCGCUCCAUGUUUCAGCGCAUUACGAUAACCAGAAGGUGGCACUCUUGCUUUUGGAUAAAGGAGCGUCCCCCCACAGCAUGGCCAAGAAUGGCCACACUCCGCUCCACAUUGCGGCAAAGAAGAACCAGAUGGAGAUUGCCACAGUGCUGUUGCAGUACGGAGCUGAGACCAACAUCCUGACCAAGCAAGGUGUCACUCCGCUCCACCUGGCCUCCCAGGAGGGCCACACUGACAUGGCUGCCCUGCUCAUGAGCAAGGAAGCCAGGGUCAACGUCCAAACUAAGAGUGGUCUGACUGCCCUCCAUCUGGUGGCUCAGGAAGACAAAGUGGCUGUUGGGGAGAUCCUAUUCAAACACGGAGCAAACCUCGACCAGCAGACCAAAUUGGGGUACACCCCACUAAUUGUAGCAUGUCACUAUGGUAACGCCAAGAUGGUCACCUUCCUGCUUCAGAGUGGAGCCAGUGUCAAUGCCAAAACCAAGAAUGGAUACACUCCACUCCACCAAGCAGCCCAGCAAGGAAACACACACAUCAUUAAUGUACUGCUGCAAAACGGUGCCAAGCCCAAUGCUAUCACUGUGAAUGGUAACACUGCCCUGGGUAUUGCUCGGAGGCUGGGCUACAUCUCUGUGGUGGAUACGCUGAGAGUCGUGACUGAAGAGAUCAUUACCACCACAACGCAGACGGUGACGGAGAAACACAAGCUGAACGUGCCAGAGACCAUGACUGAGGUGCUGGAUGUCUCGGAUGAAGAGGGAGAUGACACAAUGACCGGUGACGGAGGGGAGUAUCUGAGGGCCGAAGACCUCAGGGAGCUGGGAGAUGAUUCCCUACCAGGACAAUAUCUGGACGGAAUGAACUACCUACGCUUCAGCCUGGAGGGGACACGCACUGAUAGUUCAGACAGGUCCUUCACACCCACCCACCACAGUUACUACUCCCCUAGACAUGAGGGCAUUAUGGAUGAGAUGCUGACCAGUCACCAGGUCUCCUCACUUGCCAGGGAGUGUGACAGGGAUUCAUAUCGUUUGAGUUGGGGUACCGAGAACCUGGACAAUGUUGCUUUAUCUUGCACCCCCAUUCACUCUGGCCGUUCCUCUCCGUGCCCCGAUCAUGGAGACCACAGCAGCUUCCUGGUCAGCUUCAUGGUGGAUGCCAGGGGCGGGGCCAUGCGUGGUUGUAGGCACAACGGCCUACGCAUCAUCAUCCCACCCAAGAAGUGCAGCGCGCCCACGCGUGUGACGUGCCGGCUGGUGAAGAGGCACCGUCUGGCCACUAUGCCCCCAAUGGUUGAGGGUGAGGGUCUGGCCAGCAGGCUCAUUGAGGUGGGGCCCUCUGGAGCCCAGUUCCUUGGUAAACUACACCUUCCCACUGCCCCUCCACCUCUUAAUGAGGGAGAGAGUUUGGUUAGCAGAAUCCUCCAGCUCGGUCCUCCGGGGACAAGAUUUCUUGGUCCUGUCAUUGUGGAGAUCCCCCACUUUGCUGCCCUUCGAGGGAAAGAGAGGGAGCUGGUGAUUCUGAGGAGUGAGACUGGAGAAAGCUGGAAGGAGCAUCACUGUGAACAUAACAAAGAGGAACUCAACCGGAUACUCAACGGCAUAGACGAGGAGUUGGACACGCCAGAGGAGCUGGAGAGGAAGCGCAUUUGCCGAAUCAUCACAAAAGAUUUCCCACAAUACUUUGCAGUGGUGUCGCGAAUCAAGCAAGAUAGUAAUCUGAUUGGUCCGGAAGGAGGCGUCCUGAGCAGCACUGUUGUGCCUCAAGUAAAGGCUGUUUUUCCCGAGGGUGCCCUAACUAAGAGGAUCAGGGUUGGAUUGCAGUCCCAGCCAGUGAGAGUGGAUGUAGUGAGGAAGAUCCUGGGGAACAAGGCCACGUUGAGCCCCAUCGUCACCUUGGAGCCUCGCAGGAGGAAGUUCCAUAAACCCAUCACCAUGACUAUCCCUGUCCCAAAGAGCAACUCAGACCUUGUUCUGAAUGGCUUUGGAGGAGACACACCCACCUUACGACUGCUUUGUAGUAUCACGGGUGGAACAACCCCUGCUCAAUGGGAGGACAUAACAGGAACAACACCGCUAACAUUUAUCAAUGAUUGUGUAUCCUUCACCACCAACGUGUCUGCAAGGUUCUGGCUGAUAGACUGUCGGCAAGUCCAGGAAUCUGUCAAUUUCUCCACACAGGUCUACCGCGAGAUUAUCUGUGUACCUUACAUGGCCAAGUUUGUCAUCUUUGCCAAGACCCACGAUUCCGUUGAAGCGCGACUGCGUUGCUUCUGCAUGACAGACGACAAGAUUGACAAAACCCUAGAGCAGCAGGAGAAUUUCACCGAGGUGGCCCGCAGUCGAGAUGUUGAGGUCCUGGAAGGUAAACCUAUCUAUGCAGACUGCUUUGGAAACCUUGUUCCACUAACCAAAAGUGGUCAGCACCAUCUCUUCAGCUUCUUUGCCUUUAAAGAGAACAGACUAGCACUCUUCAUCAAAAUCAGAGACAACGCUCAGGAGCCAUGUGGCCGUCUAUCCUUUAUAAAAGAACCCAGGAACUACAGGUCACUAACCCCAAAUGCCAUUUGCAACCUCAACAUCACCCUCCCAUCAUACUGCAAGGAGUCUGAUUCAGACCAAGAGGAAGAGAACGGCAGGACGCUACAGAAAUAUGAAGAGAUGCCGACAUCAGUCCUGAAAUCAGAGCUGAUUCGAGAACCAGACCUUCUCUCAGACGUGUCGGAGAUGAAACAAGAUUUAAUCAAAAUGACAGCCAUCUUGACUGCAGACUCCGCAGAGAAAUCCCAUUCCUUAGGAAGGUGUGGUCUAGAGAAACGGACUGAGGAUGUAUCUGGAGAGCCACUAGAAAUAAUGGAGAAGGACUUAGAGAAAGUCAAAGAGGACCUAGAAAAAGUCAGUGAGAUACUGAGGAGCGGAACAUAUGAGGGUGAAGCAGCAGAGGAGGCAACAAAAGCAGCUAGAAUUGUCGAGGACUGGGUUCUCGUUUCGGACAGUGAGAAAGAGGUGGUCAAAAAGAUGGCGACCUUAGAAACUCAAGAGCCAGUCUUACGUGAAAUCAGAGCUAACAGGGCUCCCAGACCUAAAGCGAUAAAGGACAGUGGUGAACUUAAAGAAUACCUCCUGGAUGCACCAAUAAGCUCUAAACUAAAAGUAGAAAAAACCCGAGCUGUCCAAGAAAAAUUCACUGAUGUUGUACCACGUAAAAGUCUUGAGCAAAAUACUACAAACAACGUACAUGACAAAACUGCUGCUAAGCCAGUCAGAAGCAAGGAGAAAGACCAGAGGCAAGCAGAGGAAUCAACAGAGGCGGUUGCUCUUCUUAGUUUGCCUACAGCUCCUGGCCCAGUGUCUCCUAUAUCCCCAGUUGUUGAAGAAACUCCCAUUGGCUCAAUAAAGGACAAAGUCAAAGCCUUACAACUAAAAGUGGAGGCAGAGCAAAAUACUAAAAAGAUCAUUGAAAGCCAGGCCCCGCAAUUGUCUGUUGUAAGCAAUUCCACUCCAAAAGCCAAAGAAAGACCUAAAUUAAAACGGGGUCUGCCAAAAUCCCCUAACGGUGAAACUGAGAAACUUGAGGAGACUAUGUCAGUUAAAGAACUGAUGCAAGCAUUCCAAACAGGACAGGACCCCUCUAAAAGAAAGUCUGGGCUAUUUGAGCUCAAAACAUCCUCUAAGUCAAGAUUGGAGAAAACCGACAGGUCAGACCCCAUCCAGGCGAAAUCCAUGAACAAAGCAAUAACCUCACGUGUCUCUCAAGAGCGAGAAGUAUCUUUGGAUUCCAAACCUCGCAGGAAAGAGACCACUUACCAAGACAGGGAGAUAGAAACCAAGUCAUUUGCUCCUGCUCUUCCUCAGCUAACUGAAACUGCAGACUUUGGAAAUGGUGGCCUUGAUGAUAGCUCUGACAGCUUAAAACAUGAGGGUGUGGCCGACUCCCCAAGUGCCAGCUCUGGAAAUGGUACUCCUCAUUUGAGCUCUGAGGACAGUGACAAACAUGAGGGCCUUGCCACUCCGGGGACAAGCCCAGAUAGUCUGUGUCUUUCUCCCAAAACUGCUUCUACAACUUUGGCAGCAACUGGCACAGUAGUCAAAAAAUGCAUUGACACGGAAAACUCGGGACACUCAUGUGUAGAUACCACUGGUGACCAACAGUCUAGAGAUUUGACUUUCCCUGUUACUUCUAGCGAGGCUGCAGAUGAUCACACUACAAGUGAGUCCAUAUCUGUCAGUAGGAAUGAGUCUGAGCCAUCCAAACCUCAAAAGUUUACAAAGAGAAUUUCAGAGACUCUAGAAACUUUUCUUAGCGAUGAUGAGAGCCCUGAUCAUGAGCUAAAAUUGGCUUUAGUUGGUUAUACAACCACUACAUCCUCUUCUCAGUGUCAUGAAAGCUUUGAGCUGCCUUUAAAAGAAGACUAUAUCAGUCCAUUAGCUGAUGAUUCUUUAACAAUAAGCCACAGAGACUCACUAGAAGAUAGUCCUCUCGUGGAAGAAAACUCCUCCCAUAAAUCCCCAGAUUCUAUUGACCCAAGCCCAACAAAGGAAUUACCCCCUCAUGACUCUCUAGAGAGCAGCCCUGUAGAGCAAAAUCCAUAUUUCCAAUCAGCGCUAGGUCCACCUAGAAAAGCCAGUAGCCAUCCAGAUCCCUCUAAAGCCGUCCCCCAAGAUGUUUUGCCUGGUAGGCUGCUUCGAGAACAUGACGCUAGUGCUGAUGAUGACAGUUGUGAGCAGACCUCACAAAUGACAAGUUCCGGUAAGAGUCCUCUCUCCCCUGAUACUCCCACCUCUGAAGAGGUAAGUUAUGAGGUAAACCCCCAACCCCCUGACUAUUCAUUCCUUUUUGUUCUAUCCAAAACGGCUGUCAUCCCUGAAAACCAAGAAGAAGAGGAGACCUCAGACAACUUUGCAGCUAAAAGAAAAAUCUCUCCAGAGGAAGGGAUGUUUAAAAUGGCAGCCAAAAUCAAAACAUUUGAUGAAAUGGAACAAGAUGUCAAGACCAAAAAGAAGUCUAGAUCAAAUGCCAAACUAGGGGAUGACAGCUAUGAAACAAUAGAGCAUACAAGUGAGAAGCUUUCGCAAGGUGGAUGUGGGCUUGAUAGUCCCACUGAAGAUUCAGAGUUAGCACUUUUUGUUGAUCCCAAUAUUAAAUUACAACCUCCUUCUCCUUUUUCAGCAGGUUUGCAUGAUGGAUCCCACAGCAAAGAGGUCAAGAGCAAAACAACAACAGCCACUAUCAGUUCAGAGGGGCCUUACUCCUUCUUAACCCAGCAUCAUUCAAAAUUCAAACUGGAAACUACACAAGCGAAAGUGGUCCAAACAUCUGUAAAAGCUGAUGAAGACGGUGCUGCCAAAAAGGCUUUAUUCACUGAAAACAGGACUGAUGAGCAAAAGGAGGAGAGUUUAAGGAAGUCAAGAGACAACAAAGGAUACAAUAAGGAUGGUCAAGAGUUAAGUGUUAUGCGAAAACAAGUUAGCAAUGUAACAGAUGAGGUGAAAGGAGAUAAAAAGGAGCCUUCAAUAGCACCACAAGCUGCCUGCAGUGCAACUGUUGCCGCGGGUCAAACAAAAGACGAGUUUAAACCGGAGGUCUGCACAUAUGAUGACACAGAGCAGGAUGAUGAAGCACUGGAGCCUCCCAGAACUGAGUCAAAAGGUGUCACUGCACGGGUAGAAAUUGACUCAUGGUCUGCCAUGCGGGAGGAUGAUGCCACUUUUGCAGCUCGUGUAAAAGAGGAGGAACAGAAGAUACUGAAUCUAGUGGUGGAUCAGCAGUCUCUGCAACUAAGUCCAGACACCACACCUGGUAGAACUCCAACAGAAGAGAACACUCCUACCAGUGAACCCAACCCUUUUCUAUUCCAAGAAGGGAAGCUUUUUGAGAUGACCCGAAGUGGUGCUAUUGACAUGACCAAGAGGAGCUAUGAGGAAGAGCGGAGUGAUUUUGCCUUUUUCCAGAUAGGCGAACAGUCUUUAGAUGAGCCUCUACUAGAAGAGGCGAGGAAGGAAAGUAGGGGAUCAGCAGCAGAACCCGAAGUUGGAUUAAAUCUAGAAGUUAAGGCUGAGGAAGCUGAGAAAGCCAAACAAGCAUUUGAUUCUCAGCUUCAGUCCCCACCCAAAAGUGAUCAUCAAACCUCAAAGGCUGAUGCCUGCAAAUCUAAAAUCCCGAAAAUGGGUAUUUCCGCUUCAGCCAUACCUACAAAGAAAGAUCAGACAUGUCCUGAAAGUUUACUGAAAAACGUGAACAAAGGCUGCUUAGAUUUAUACAAAAAUUCCCCUGACCAAAUGAUUACAACAGUACAGACAGCGGAAACUACAGUCACUAGAUCAGUUUACUCUGAGCAGGGCCAAGAGUCCUCUGAUUCAUCUCCAGAAGACCAAGAGUCAGUUAUAGAAGCGCCCAAACCAACAGCCACGUCCAAACAAAUUGUUCCUACUAGUGUUAAAAAGACCUCAUUCAAAACACAAGCCAAGUCUGCUCAACAAAGUCGGGGGAAAUCCACAAUUUACUCUCCAUCUCAUGCGACUUCCUCUUCAAGCACUCUUAAAAAAGAGGCCUCUUUUAGUUCUGAUUCUAAAUCGAGAAUUCCAAUCAAGGCUAGCACUCCCAAGCCUGUUUCUAUUGUCAAACAUGAUGGUUCUACCCAAGACAAGCUUAAGGUACCUGUGAAAAAGAAUUCAAGGAGAAAAUCCGAAAUAGAAACAGCUCCCUCUGUGGAUAUCAAAACCAAGAGACCAUCUUCCAAAGCCAAGAGCUUCUCUGAGGGGGAGUCUACCGGGCCAUCUGCUAAAAAAGAAAAAGGUUGUUUAUUAAGUAGUGAGUCAGUAAAAUCUAAAAGCUUCCUGUCUAGAUUGCCAGUCCGAGGUAAAGGUCGUCAUUCAUUAACACUCCCUAAAGAGAAAAAUGAGACAAAACAACUGUCCAUUGACCUCUUUGAAAAGAUAAGCGAUGAAGCAGCAAAACUUGUUGCAAAGGCAGAGACCGACAGAGAACAAGAGGUUGCUGCCGCCAACUCAAAUGAUGAGGGCAGUCUCCUUGAUCCAUCAUUCAUAGAAAGAGCAACUUUCCCUGGGAUGCAGUUCCCACCCUCAGGAGAUGUCUUUCCCAUUAGACCACUGUGGGACAACCCUGUUGAGACACAGAUGCAGCGAAUCCCAGAUGAUACAGUCCAAAGUCAAGUAGAUCCACAUGAUGAAGCAGAGAGCAAACAGCAACGGUUGGCCAUUAUAGCUGACCACCUGGGCUUCAGCUGGACUGAGUUAGCACGAGAACUGGACUUCAGUGAAGAGAGGAUCAACGUGAUAAGGGUUGAGAACCCAAACUCACUGCAAGAUCAAAGUCACACCCUUUUGAAACUCUGGGCAGAGAGGGAGGGAGAACAUUCCACAGAAACAACACUGAUGAAAAGACUGACUAAGAUCAACCGAAUGGACAUAGUUCACCUUAUUGAAAACACAAUAAUCCAAUUCACUCAAGAGGAGACAUGUUCACAUACAUAUGAGGAAAUAGAAAGGACUAUAGCAUUGGAUCAUACUGAAGGUUUCUCUGCCCUACAUGAAGACAUUGACAGCCCCAGGCCAAGCAGGUGUACAGAAUCUGAAUUUCAGACUACAGGCUCAAGACUAGAGGUACCCCUGGUGUCGGCAGAGGACCUGUCCUCCAGUUUGACAUCCAUUCACGAGACAAGUGGACGACCAGAAACAGAUUCCCCCGCAACUGGUCUUCUUAGAAAUGCUCAGAGAGAGAAACUACAAAAAGAGAUGGAAGCAACAUACUCAUCAAAUAGAGUAUACGAAGAAUUGACAGACAAGGUGCAAAAAGGCAGUUUUAAACAAGGUCCUACACCAGAGGAAAGACAGUUUCAAAGAGACAUUGAGUUGUAUGACACAAACUCAUACAAAACCAAUAGAGCUGUUACUCCAAUUCUACCAGCUUUUGGGAAAACAUCAUGUUUAAAGGAGAUAGCAGAAGAGCUAGGUUUGCGGUCUUCUGAUAGCUCAGAGGAGGAGGUGCUGACGACUAGGGUGGUCCGACGCAGAGUUAUCAUUCAGGCUGAUACCCUACAUGAUAUCCAACCACAGACUGUCACAGAGGAGAAGUACAAAGAUGAGCAUGGAAACACGGUAGUUAAAAAAAUCACUCGAAAGGUGAUUCGUAAAUAUGUGUCAGCAGACAGCAUGGAUACACAGGAAGUGACCAUAGAGGGCACACACCAGGAGACGGUACAGAUUGAGGAAGGAGACACUGUCUCCAGGGUACUGAAGAGAACUGUGCUUCACAGUGAGGGAGAUCAGAAAGAGUUGACCAUUUCGGAACCCCUGGCCGCCACUGUGUCAGAGUUUGAGGUUGAGCCCGUGCAAGGUCGAAAGGUCAGCAAGGUUGUCAAGACAACAGUGGUACGAGGCGAGAGGACAGAGAAGCAGACUGGAGACCCCUCACUGGCUGCAGAUCUCCCCUCAGCUGGACAGGACUUUGAGACGGCAUUGAGUUAUGCUGGAGGCUUUGGGAAAGUGCUCCUGCCUCAUGUAGUUGAGAAAGCUUUUGUGCAAGACGACGGUUCUGUGGUUAAAAGAAGCCACAUGCUUAAGUCACUAACCCAGCAGAAGACUGUGGUGAGGGACGGCCAGGGGAAGCACGUGCACCUGGAGCGUCGGGACGACAGCCGGGAUCCCCUGCAACCCGACGCACUGCAGCAGCACCUGCACCAACUGCUCCAACGCUACUGUGAGGACCACCAGACAGAGAAGGAAGAUGAGAAUUUUUACUGACCUCCCUUCUACAAUUGAUUAGAUUUUUAUUUUUAUUGUCCCGAAGGAACUUUGUCUUGGAAACGUACAGUCUUAGCUGUUUAGAAAAUACAGAAUAACAUAGAGCAUAAAAAAAGUUAAACAAACAAACAAACAGCUGCACAAGCAUGUGUCGGUGUCGCCUGGAGAGCAGCGCCACCUGUUACCUAUUAGUGUGUGAAAGCCUUUGGUGUCGUACGCUUCCUCUGAUCAAGAUGUCCCAGGUCCCCCUCUAGUUGUCCUCACCAAUCACUGGACUCAACUCUUUGUUGAAAGAUUGAACAGUCUGUUAUCCUUUCUUCCUUCCUUCCUUCCUUCAUUCACAUUGUGUUUCAUUUUCUUUUUUGUGACCGAAGAUGGAACCCCCCCCCCCCAUUUUUGAUGGAUGAUUUUUUUUUUGGCUGCUGUGGUGUGGUAUUGGUACAAUGUACAGAAGUCGAUGAAAGACAAAAUAAGGCGUCUUAGACGUUUGAUCUCACGCACAGGCCUCAUCUCGAUAAAAACAUUUGUACAUUGAGGAGCUAAGAAACUCAUGAUUGGAUGGUGUGAAACUAAAAGAAAUGCAAAGCAUUUAAUAGAAUCACUCAAUAAAAAUGUUGUACACGCUGUAUAUUCAACUGCAGAAUAGCCCCCAUCCAUCCAUCCAUCUUCAACCGCUUAUCCGGUUCAGCUCCAGCAGGGGACCCCAAACUUCUACCAGCUCUGACUGGGGGAUCCCAAGGCGUGUUGAGAUAUAAUCUCUCCACCUAGACCUGAGUCUUCCUCGGGGCCUCUUCCCUGCUGGCCAUGCAUGGAACACCUCCCUAGGGAGGCACCCAGGGGGCAUCUUUACCAGAUGCCCAAACCACCUCGACUGGCUCCUUUCAACUUAAAGGUCUGUUCACAAAGACGGCGUAUUGCUGCUUAUAGUGUGCCCACUUCCUGCAUUAGACCUUUUUUUUGUCUUUCUAAUUUGUGUUCUGCAUUCACAUUUAUCUUUCACAGAGCUGCCACUUUGUUGUGUGUUUAUAUACAGUGUGUCUCCUGAGAUGGAAAGUAGAGAUGUGGGAUGUUUUGACACAGAUUGACCUCUUACCCCCUCUGUCCUCAUAGCUACUGGUUUCCUUCGGUCACCCUCCACAUGCUGCUUCUCCUCACUUUCUACCGCAUCAGUGAUUAUGUAACUGUCCUCAUUGAGCUUUCUAAGGGAAACUGCUCGCCAAGUCUUCUUGUCAACCAAUCCCAUGUGCGGAACCAGACCAACAAUAAAUGUGGUGCACACAGCUUUUUUGUGUUUUGAGCUAAAUCUGCCGUAGAGCUCCAUUGUUCAAAAACCCAUGAAAUGAUCUACAUUACUGCCCAUUUCAAUGAUGUCCAUCAUGACAUGUUCCUGUUUUUAGGUGCAGUUAUCAUGACAAAGUCUGAUUAUAAGAUAACCUUUUAGUGCUUUUCACUCUUUCAAAACAGUUGUCACUGUGAUAUCAUCAGGGUUUUAUCUGACGAAAGGGACGCAGGGGAUCCCAGUUCAAAACUGUGUUUCUUGGGUUUCAGAUAUCUGCAGUGAAUAAUGCACUUAAGGACCUUGCAUAAGUGUUGUAAUUUAUUAAAAGUCAAUCUAUAUACAAUGUCAAGAGUUCUCACCACAGCACCAAAUGUGGUUUCGGAAUCCCUGACAAAAUAUAGUCCCUAAUAAAAUAGUGUAUUUCCUACGGCAAAAAAUUUGUGACUUUAUUAUUUUGAAACAAUGAAAUGGAAUUUUGGAGCAAUUUUGAACCAAUGGGUUUGGGGCUGACAGGCAGUUAAACACAAACUAACAUGCUGUUGAUUUUGGUCUUUUUCAUAUGGUUUCUUGACAAUAAUAAAAUAUGGAACAACACCAGACUUACCCUUUAGGUUUUUAGAAACCACACAUAAUGUUGAGAUGCUUUGCGGUUAUUGUUUUGGCUAUUGUUCUCACUACUGGCAAAGGUUUGACACAUCAAUUUCCAAUCCUAGUUAAGUCUUUCCAGUGACAUCAGUCAUCACACCUUUCCUGUUUUUCCUUAUUUUAUUGUGCUCCAUUUGUAGUCUCUGUAUAGUCUAACGGUUGAAGUGGUGUGUGCGUUUUAGUGUUUGAAUUUUUUCUGCACCCAAAAGGUGAAGACAAAUGAAAGACAAACAGGAUUUGUACGACGAAUAAAAGAAAUUCAUUAUCAAUUUGA